AUGGAGGAUAAUACUGGUACUCUCUUUAAUGGGUAUAAAUCUGAUGGGCUUUCAGGAGGUGGUCACAUGACUAUUUUCCUAAAUAAUCAAAAAUCAUGGGAGGUCCAUGGGAAGGACUCAUACAUGCCAUGCACAGCACUGGCCCACACCCACAAAAAUACCAGUGGGUCUGAAGCUUCUGAAGAGGAAGCCAUAGAAUCUCCGGAACCUACACCAAGCAAGAAGAAGAAGUCGAAAGCCACUUCGGUAAAGGCUGAAACAUCGGCUCAGGAUUCCGAUGAGGAUCCAUUUGUAGUCAAGUCUCCUGCUAAAAAAAUGCGCAAAACUCCCAAAGGAAAACGCUCCAAGUCCUCUAGCAAGGUCUCAUCCAAGAAGACGGACAUAUCUGACAGCUCUUCUCGUGGGAGCUCUGAUGAAAUGGAUGUUGAACUUGAUUCAUCUCCCUUGUCCAAAAAGAGCGUACCCUAUGGGAAAGAAUUUGACAAGUCAAUUGCAAAAGCAAAGAAGAUGCAAGUCGACAACAAGAAGGCAAUGCGUAAACUUGGAAAGGAAAUGGCAGAUGAUGAAGCAGAGAUUGAGAAGUACGAAGAAAGUGGCAAGGAGGGAAAAUCUGAGGCGCUUCUCGAAGACCUAGUACGAGAUCCCGUUCCAUCUUAUCCCAAGCUCCGUAAAUGUGGUAUCUUCAAACCAGCACUUGUUGAUAAAUUCAUGAAGACUACAUAUGGCGCUCCUUUGGUCAAUCUGCCAUCAGACCGCAAACGGCCCGCUCUUUGCAUCUCCCUGAUUGUUGUCGGAGAAGACCACACCGAGACGCCUAAGGUGUCUGGCGAUACAUACAGCAAAUUCAUCACUGGUACUCCUUUGAUGUUGGAAUAUGAACGGAUGGUGGCCGUGCUAUGCAUGGUUCAUGACGUGGACUCUAUGCGAGCACAGAUUGUUGAUAACGAAUUGACUUUCUCCACUAGAAUGGAAAAAUUCAGCCAAUCACCUCGAAAACGCACUCAAAAGGACCUCUUCUCCUCUUUUCGAAGUGACGCUACCACAAGCAACAAUAGCCCCGCACGGCAAUUUACGUACAGUACCCUCGGCGCUUCUGAUCAAGUUCCUGUCCUUGAUGCCACUAAUUUGGACAAGCCUAUUGUUAUUCCCUCUGGCUUGUCUAGCAUGGAGAAAGACUAUCCGCACUUUGGCCGCACUGUACCAUCUAACUCAAUCGCAUUGGUGGCUUAUACUGUAGGACAGUAUAAGUCCACCCACUUCCCAAAUGACAAGUCCCUGAGCUUCAAUCUCAUUUGGGCAGCUGUUAUUUCCGAUGGAGGGGAAUAG